GACGCCAAGCACGUCGUGCAGCUCGUCGAGAUCGUCAAGCGGCCCGGCCAGACGCUCGGGCUCUACAUCCGGGAAGGGAACGGCAUCGAGCGCUCCGACGGCGUCUUCAUCUCCAGGAUCGCCCUGGAGUCGGCCGUGUACAACAGCGGCUGCCUCAGGGUGGGCGACGAGAUCCUGGCCGUGAACCUGGUGGACGUGACGCGGAUGUCGCUGGACGACGUGGUGAUCAUCAUGUCCAUCCCCCGGCGGCUGGUGCUGGUCACGCGCCAGACCAAGGGCGCGCCGCCGCCCGCGCAGCUGCAGCAGUCGCAGCCGCACAAGCCGCCGCCCGUGGUCGUCAUCAAGAAGGAGAUCCGCGACGACGAGGAGCACCAGCAGCUGCGCGACGACCUCCACGAGGACUCUCUCAGCCGGCGGCGCGGCCCCGGCUCGCGCGAGAUGUCCGGUUCGCGGUCGCGGCUCGGCCUCUCGUCGCGGAUGGGCUCGCACCAGGACAUCCACGACGGGCUGAGCAGCUCGCACAACGGCCUCGGCCUCCAGGGCCAGGGCAUCGGCGGCCUCGAGCUCUACUACAACUCGCGGCCCGAGCGCAGCAUGUCCACCUGGUCGUACCAGCCGCCGCCGCCCGUGGUCACGGAGCGCGACAAGCCGAGCGCGCCGCAGCACUUCCAGCCCUAUGAGCGCGGCUACCCCAAGACGCUCGAGUCGCUCGCGGAAAAGGUAUACGCUGUAUGUUCGCCUUUUACUAUGCACCUUUUCCGUAGUUAGUAUUAAAUUAAGGCCUGUGGCUCCGGCGACAUGAGGGAGAAAAACAAUUAUGUAGCUACAACAACAAAAUAAUAAUCAGGGAAAUUUUAUCUUGAAUAAGUUAUGGUAUUUUUCGUGAAAACUGACCAUAAUGUGUCUUUCAAGUCUUUCAAGUGCACAUACCGAGUGUUAGGGCUACGACACCCUAUGGGCCGUGGCGCCUUACGGAUGGAGCGUAGGCAAACCCGCAUAACUGCUGUGCCCUCACCCUGACACACGGGACAUAGCCCUUUGUCCUUCCUGCUGCUUUUAAAUUUGUCUAAUUAGCCGGGUGCGCCAUUUCGUAUUCGUUUCUGUAGAGCUGUUUGUCCCACCUGCACCGAUGGCGCCGUGAGCAUGAGGGCAACCCCGGAGUUGUAUAAUGUAAAUGUAACGGAAGAAGGCGCUCGCGGAGCUUGACCUCCCUGGGCUCACACAAGUGGUGCGAGUAAGGUACUUCACACUCACUAUUACCCUGAUGUUACUCUCUCCCC